UCCCCCCACUCUGGACUCCACGUGGUGGUGUUUGUCUACGUGCUUCCCAGACCCUGAGGCCCCGAGGUCUAAGCUAGUGGGCGGUCUCGGAGGGGAGGAGGGAGAGGAAGAGGAGGGAGGGAGAAAAGAGCUGCAGAAAGCGGAGGAGAAAGAGUUGGAGGAAGAGAAGGGGGCCCGGUAAGGGAGGUUUGGACCAGACUGGGCUGUCCUGGGAGCUGGUGAAGUUCCCCAAAGCAUUGCUGACCGCAGAUCCCCAGCCCGUCUGCGGCUCCUUUUUUUUACCAGUAGUACCGUUCAGAGGGCGCGACGAUGCUAUUGCUGGACUGUGGAGCUGAGGUGGACACCCUGAAGCGCUUGCUGGAGCCCGGCAGCGCCGUAAACGCCCCUCGAGACGCCUGCGGCCAGACCCCCGUGCACCUGGCAGCCCAGGCCGGACAUCCCUUUUUUCUGCUCUGGCAGCUGCAGACGGGAGCAGACCUCAACCAACAGGAUGCUUUUGGAGAAGCUCCAAUACAUAAGGCAGCUAAAGCUGGGAGCUUGGAAUGCCUCAGUCUGCUAGUAGCCAGUGAUGCCCUAAUUGAUUUACAGAACAAGAAUGGGCAGACUGCAGAAGAUCUGGCAUGGUCUUGUGGAUUUCUAGAAUGUGCCAAAUUUCUCACAACAGUUAAACACACACAGAGUAUGAAAUUAAGUGAACAAUCCAAAUGUUCAUUCAACACUAACAACUGUGGUUUGUUGCUAAAAAAAAAGAGAGCUUCCAGGAUUGUGGACAACUCAAAUGGGAAGAAGCAUCGAUCAGAUGCAGGCCAUUUGUGUUGAAAUGGUAAGCUGAGGGAAAAGAAGUUUGGAGCAGACCACAAGCUAUUGGACUGAUUUAUAAAAUGUUCUUAUCUUCUUCUAAGAAGGAGCAAGAUAUAUUAACUUUCUUCUGAGUGAAGAUCAUUUCAAGAAUACAUGUAUUCACAUAGUUUUGGUAUGCUGCAUUUAGUUGUAUUUGUUUCAGCUUUAUAUCUGAGGUCUUUAACUUGAACUAAAUACAAAUGUUUUGUUAGGGUGUUUUUUUAAGCCUUUUUUAAAGGCUCCAGCAAUAAUGAAGAAAAAUAGACUUUGAUCAUUCUUAAGUUAUUAUAACAUUGACAUGUUAGUCUAUUGUUAACAAAGUACUGAUUACAGAGUACCUUAAACAUAGUAUGUACUUAAUGUUCAAACUAAAUGGCUGCAUUGGAAACUGCUACUA